CUGGGUGUGCAGGGAGGGGAGAACACAGUGCGCCUCUGUGCGGUGCCGCGCGUCUAUGUGCACUGGGUGUGGGUGUUUGUCUCCGGAAUCUGCCUUCCCUGCCGUCCGUCGGUCCUGGACUUUUCUUUCCCGGCCUCGCCUUCCCGGUGCCCUGCCUCCGCCCUCUUAGGGCUCCAGCGCAGGGCGCAGCUCCCCCCGGGAGCCAGGUGUUUGGGUCCCGGGAGAUGCGGUGCCCGGAGAAGCGCGGCUGAGGACCCUGCAGACCCUUGUAUGCCCAUGGGCACCCCCAACCACAGUCACCUCCCCAAGAUGGACUGACCCAGGCUGCUGGCCGUGUGGACAAGCUGGAUGCCAAGGCGAUGAUGCCCCUCUGAGACGCCCUCCGUGGGAGUGGACAGUGGGGCCAGCCCUGCCCACAGGCCAUCAUGAACACCUCGGCACCGCCCGCUGUCAGCCCCAACAUCACCAUCUUGGCCCCAGGAAAGGGUCCCUGGCAAGUGGCCUUCAUCGGCAUCACCACAGGGCUCCUGUCACUUGCCACCGUAACAGGCAACCUGCUGGUGCUCAUCUCCUUCAAGGUGAACACGGAGCUCAAGACAGUCAACAACUACUUCCUGCUGAGCCUGGCCUGCGCUGACCUCAUCAUUGGCACAUUCUCCAUGAACCUCUAUACCACCUACCUGCUCAUGGGCCACUGGGCGCUGGGCACACUAGCCUGUGACCUCUGGCUGGCCCUGGACUACGUGGCCAGCAAUGCCUCAGUCAUGAAUCUUCUACUCAUCAGCUUUGACCGCUACUUCUCAGUGACCCGGCCACUGAGCUACCGCACCAAGCGCACACCACGCCGGGCAGCCCUAAUGAUUGGGCUGGCCUGGCUGGUCUCCUUUGUGCUCUGGGCACCAGCCAUCCUUUUUUGGCAGUACCUGGUGGGUGAGCGGACAGUGCUGGCUGGGCAAUGCUACAUCCAGUUCCUCUCCCAGCCCAUCAUCACCUUCGGCACCGCCAUGGCUGCCUUCUACCUCCCAGUCACCGUCAUGUGUGCACUCUACUGGCGCAUCUACCGGGAGACUGAGAACCGGGCUCGGGAGCUGGCAGCCCUGCAGGGCUCUGAGACACCUGGCAAGGGUGGUGGCAGCAGCAGCAGCUCAGAGAGAUCGCAGCCUGGAGCUGAGGGAUCCCCAGAGACGCCACCUGGCCAUUGCUGCCGCUGUUGCCAGGCUCCCCGGCUGCUGCAGGCCUACAGCUGGAAGGAGGAGGAAGAGGAGGAAGAGGGCUCCAUGGAGUCACUAACGUCCUCAGAGGGUGAGGAGCCCGGCCCUGAGGUGGCCAUCAAGAUGCCCAUGGUGGACGCUGGGGCCCACGCAGCCGCCAAGCCAGCCCCCAAGAGCUCUCCCAGCACAGGGAAGAGGCCCACGCGGAAGGGGCGAGACCGUGCCAGCCGCGCCCAGAAGCCCCGCGGGAAGGAGCAGCUGGCCAAGCGCAAGACCUUCUCACUGGUCAAGGAGAAGAAGGCAGCCCGGACCCUGAGUGCCAUCCUCUUGGCCUUCAUUCUCACCUGGACGCCAUACAACAUCAUGGUGCUGGUGUCCACCUUCUGCAAGGACUGUGUCCCCGAGACCCUGUGGGAGCUGGGCUACUGGCUGUGCUACGUCAACAGCACUGUCAACCCCAUGUGCUAUGCACUCUGCAACAAGGCUUUCCGGGACACCUUCCGCCUGCUGCUGCUCUGCCGCUGGGACAAGAGACGCUGGCGCAAGAUCCCCAAGCGCCCUGGCUCUGUGCACCGCACCCCCUCUCGCCAGUGCUGAGGGCCCGCCCCCUGCCCUCCAAGCUAGCCAAGGCCACCCUGUCUGCUCUCCCCACAGCAGCAGCGGAACCUGGGGAACUGGUUUUUCUGUUCCCUGCUGAGUGGGAGUGGGCUGCACCAGGAAAAGACUGAAGAGGAACCGGGUUUUACUCCAUGUUUGCCUAGGGCAGGAAGUCCAGGGCCCACUGGUCGGCUGGCAGUUCGGGCCAUGUUCUCCUGGCCUUGGCCCAGCAAGCUGAGCAGCAGGACUAUGGUGGGAUACUGUGCACUCUGGGGCCACAGUGGCACCAGCCCCAGGUGUUGAGACAAGAAGCUUGGCUCCGGGCUCAGGGACCCCAGCUGGAACUCUUUCUCCCACCCCCACCCUGCUCCCCAGGACAGUUCAGCAUCCCAAGACGCCCCCAGAGCACCCUGUGUGUCAUCUCCCAGGCAAAUGUCCAAGAAACAACAGGACAAUGAAUCCAAGGAGGAUCCAAAGGGCUGGUGGCAGCUAUAGGGCCAGGCGCCAGGUGUUGUGUCCUGCUGUCCUCCGUGCCCUGUGUCCCACUGACCUCAGUUCUUGCCCACCUGGUUUACAGCCAUCAUUGGGACUGGGCUGCCUGGUUCCUGAAGCCCAGCUAGGCCCUGCAUGCCACCCACCACCAGCCCUGCCAGCCCUGCCCUGCCCUGCCCUGCACAGCCAGCUGCAGGUCCUCUCCCAAGUUCAUUCCCAACUGUGCAUGGCCUCCCAGCAUCUCUUGUCCUGGCCCGGCUGGAC